UAAAAUAGUUAAUACGUAAGGAGCCUAUGUAUGGUUAACCUUAUUGUAAAUAUGUGGCUAGAGAUAGUUGCGAUAAGAGUGCUAUACCACGCGCGUAGUGGCUUCAUUGUUCUUUAUUGGGCCUUGUGAGGAUCAAAUCUGAAAUCUACUCCUUUAAGAAUGGAUUGGAUUAUUUCUGAUGAGCUGGGCUUGACUGUGGGACAUCUAGUGGGCUGGGCUGCAGCUGGGGCAAUGAUUGUGGGGGGAGUGGCUCCCUACAUCCCGCAGUACAGGCAAAUUAAAAGGACACAAGAUGCAGAGGGAUUCUCAUUGUAUGUCUGCUUGGCCUUGCUUAUAGCAAAUACAUUGAGAAUAUUAUUUUGGUUUGGUAAACGUUAUGAAUUGCCUCUGUUGGUUCAAAGCAUUGUGAUGAACAUAACAAUGUUUGUGAUGAUCCACCUCUGUGUCACUGUUCGCAAAACGAAUCAAAUUAUUAGAACUAGGGAGCGAAUAUUCACAGCCCAACCUGAUGAAGCUGCUCAUUGGAUGGAUCAGCGCAGUGGCAUCAAUGCUGGAGAACACCCCCACCGCUUCUAUGAUAUGGAAAGGAAGUAUUUCUGGGCGUGGACGGACUUCCAGAGCUAUGUAGACUGUAUGCUGGUGUUCUCUGUGAUUGGCGCGGCUAUCAUGUACUUGAUGAUAGAGUUCGCGCCUUUUGUCGAGCUCAUUGGUUUCCUUGCUGUCUUCACAGAGGCAAUGCUUGGCGCGCCUCAGAUAGCCAAGAAUCAUCAGAAUAAAAGUACAGAAGGAAUGAGUUUGAGCAUGGUUGUGAUGUGGACGUGUGGCGAUGUGUUCAAAACUGCAUACUUUGUUUUGAGAGAAGCACCUACACAGUUUUGGGUGUGCGGCAGUAUGCAAGUCACUCUAGAUAUUGUGAUUCUCAUCCAAGUGUGGCUGUACCGCCACAACACUGCAGCGGCGCGGCGGAUGCGUCGCGGCGACUAGCAGUGGACGGAGACAGACUUAUAGCACUCGCCCAGCCCUCCGCGGUUAGCGCGCGGCGCCCGCGCUUUCUGCGCCACCGCCUGCGCACCCGUUUCGCUAACAUUCCUAUGCCUUCCCAACAUUUUAUGACGAAAUUUUUUUACACAAAUUGAAAAGGCUGUGUGCUGUAGAAUAUCUUAAAGUACAUAAUAAUAAUUUAGAAAUGUGCCAAUUUUACACUAGGCACUGAUAGUUCCGGUGAAAUAGUUGUUCGCAACUUGUCCAGAAAAAUAAACAGUAACUAACUGGACGCGUGUGAUUUUUGUAAGUUCCUUUGAUAUCGAGUCAAACUUUUCGAUGUACAUAUAACAUGUGCAAUAAUUAAAAUAAACAAGAUAGAUAUUUUUUAUUUUUCUGGCGCGAGAUUCCGUAGAUUACGGUGCUAUAGGUUUGUGCCUAAAUUUUUGAAGAACAUCGAGGUUCGUUUGUUCAGUUGUCGAUUUGACUAGAACUGUUUGAUAAUUUAUUAGUGAUAAGGCUUUUUAUAGAUGAAGCAUAGUCCGAAUAACGGUUUGCAAUUGUUUUAAUGAAACUCAAACUGUGUUUGGCUGCUUCCCUUUACCGUCUAGUCGUAGAAACUAGAUUUAAGGGCCUGUGCUAGCUUUCUAAGUGUUAGGGAAUUUAGCAAUAUAUUUGUAAAUUUUUCUCAUUAUUAUUGACCAAAAUAUUAACAAACCAAUUUUGAAUAAUUUAUUGUCUAUUUUAAUGCAUGGAUACAAAAUAUAGUGUAAUAUUUUGAUAUUACAAACAUUCGGAACAACGAUUAUCAUAAAAUUACGCGUGUUGGCGUAAGUAGACUACGCCAACAUUUUUGUACUAAGAAAUUAGGAGAGACAAUUGAGCAUUAAAAUUUUAUAGUAUUCAAGUUAACAUACCUGUACAAUUUUGCUACAAUAAUCCUUGGCGUGGCAUGGUCACUACCAAUCAUAUGUUUUGGAAUAAAAUGUUUCUAAAAGACUUAUGGUAUGCCUAGGACAAGAAUGUGCGUGUCAUAGUUAUACAAAAAUAGGUUCUCGUUAAAUACCAUGAUCGGAAAGUACCUUAUUUAUUUAUUAAUAAGACGUUACGACUCGCAAGCAGGUAUUUAUAUGAGAGAACAACUGCCAACUUAUGUUUUUAAAUGGUUUAUUAUCUUUGGUACCUGUGUAUCAGUCAGUAUCAACCAAAGAUCCUUU